GAUCUUAGGGUUUUCGGGAUCCGUUCAAAUUUGGGUAUUUGAGUAGUACGGCACUGACUAGUGCGAGUUUUUUUGUUUGAUUUGUUUGUGAAGUUAAUUGCUCUUUUUUUUUGGUGUAGUUGGUGUUAGUGUUCAUCAAAAUGAUGGCCACCCAAACAAUGUUAUCGGGCAACAGCAAGUUAGAGAUCAAAUUUUCGUGCAAAAGAGUCGGAUUUGAUCCCCGAAAUGUAGUUGCCCAAUCAUCAGGGGAUGUUGAGGCUCCAAGAGGGAAGAAGGUGAAGAUGGUUGGUAAAGUGACGAGUCAGUCUCCAACUAUUCAGACUGGCUUUGGUGCCAAUGCGGCCGCCAAAACAGUGAAUAACUCCUCUGUUGUGAUAGCUUCUAAGAAGAGGUCUGUAAGUCUUCUGGAUGAGGAAACCGUAUGUCCCAGUUCUGUCCCGAAUGCUGCUUCUAUCUCCAGUGUUCCAUUUUCACCCAAGAAGGCCCUCCAUGUUGCAAUGCUGAAGAGCCGCUUUGCCGAUACUUUUUUGAAAGCUGAACAGAAAUAUCUUGAUCGAGGUAAUAUGAGUGAUCCCCUGAAGAUGCAACAAGAAAAGGCCAAGUUGGAGCGCAAGUACCGUCUAGGGAAGGCGAAAAUUGACGCUGAAUUGAGAGCAGCGGAAGCUGCUGUACAAAGGCAGGCGGAGGUUGAAUUGAAGAGGCUACAAGAAAGAGAAAGAGCUGUACGGGGGCAGGCUGAGCUUGAAUUGAAGGAGCAGAGAGAAAAAGAAAGAGGAGAAGCCCGUGUUGCUCUUGAAAAGAUGGAGAGGACUUUUUUGUUUGAGGAUAAUUGCUAUAUUUUGGAGGAACUUAAGAAAUUAGCCGGAUAUCGCGGUGGCUCUUGGGGCUGGCACUUUCAAUCACCUCUGGAGCAAUUGGGUUUAUUCAUCAAGGAUGAGUAUGAAUUGGAGGAAGGGGAGAUAUUUUUGAGGGAAAGAGACCACUGAAACUUUUGUGCUAAGGUGCUGAGGGGUGACUUUUGAUGGCUUUUGAGGUGCUAAGGUGCUAUUUGGUUUCUCUAAAUGUGAUCGGCUGUUCAUUCCCUACUAUCUUCCUGCUUAGCCCUUCCUUCCAACUUCGGUACAUGUUUUGAGUUCUGCCUUUAUGAUUGACCUCCCUAUAUAAUGCAGUCCAAGUGAAGGUAUUGAUACGGUGUCUGAUUCAUAGUUGGAACAAGGUACUUAGCUUAAAUUUUCCCGAUGAUUUCUUAUUGUGUUUUAUGUGCCUGAUCUAGGAUGUGGUUUGGUUACACAAGUGAUAAGUCAAUUGAGUUUUUAAAGUAGGCAGGUAGUUUUGGGUAACAUGAGCUCUUGACUGAAGGUCUCUUAGCAUUUUGGGUUGUGCUUGGUAGUUCUACGGAUGCUGAAAAUCGUUAACCAGGUAUUGUUAGGUAACAUGUGUGGGAAGCAAUUAAGGUUUGUUAAGUCAUUUACAUUUAUGUAUUACGACAUUUUAAGGUUUGUGUUGUUUCUGCUAUUUUUUACGGGCUUUUACAUAUGAUUUUACCUUUGGUAUUUCAAUUGAAGUGAAAGUAGAGAUGUUCUCAAGCUGUCAGGUACCAUUGGAUCCUUCAAUAUUGAAGGAAUUGGAGGUCUGAUUUCAACAGGAACUUGAUUUUACUGGAAACCAGUAUUACUGGCUUCUUUUUGAUGUAGUGAAUAAAACACUAGUUAUUGGAGGUCAUACGCCUACUUCUCAAGGGCCCUUUCCUUCAGUGACUCCAAGCACCAUCCCAUGCCGAAAGGGCAGCGACUCCUACAAGAUGUGUGGACAAGAAUGAUGAGCUUUAGGCCAGAUCUGGUCCAGUCAUUGGAUGUUGUGGCACUCAAAUCAUGAGCUUUAGGCCAGAGCUGGUCUAAUGCCAUACUUGGAUUUCACUUCAUUGGGAAACCGAGUGAGGAUUUGGUCUUUGAAGAACUAAUAGAUGAAGUUAUCUGUAGGUGAUAUGAGAC